AUGAGUAGUCAACUUAAAGAGAUGCUUGAUAAAGAUUUUGGCUCAGGAUGGUGUGUGAUUGUUGGAGGACAUUUUUCUGGCGCUUUUACUUACAUAGGAAAUUAUUAUAUUGAGAUAACCGUUAAAGAUAUGGUUAUUGUUUUAUUUAAAACAUUCAAACCUGAAAAAUAA